CAGACCGAGGCGGCAAAAAGCGCCGCUCCAGCCUCUCCGCUUUUCCCCUCUUCCCGGCCUCGGUUAGAGCUCUCCGCUGCCUUUCCGCCGGAAGGAACCAAAGCGCCGCCGGGAAGCGUUUCCAGCCGGGGCGGUUUCUCGUGUGCCCGUCCUUUUCCCUGCGGAGGGCGCUGCUGCGCAGAGGAGUCUGUCCGAGGCGCGGAGAGAAGCCGCGGGGCAGCCGCCAUGCCGCAGAACGAGUACAUCGAGCUGCACCGCAAGCGCUAUGGGUACCGUCUGGACUACCACGAGCGGAGGAGGAAGAAGGAAGGCCGCGAGGCACACGAGCGGUCCCGCAAGGCUAAGAAGAUGAUUGGUCUGAAGGCCAAGCUCUACCACAAGCAACGUCACGCUGAGAAAAUUCAGAUGAAGAAGACCAUUAAAAUGCAUGAAAAGAGAAAUACAAAGGAAAAGAAUGAUGAAAAAACACCGAAAGGAGCUGUACCAGCAUACCUGUUGGAUAGAGAGGGCCAGUCCCGGGCUAAGGUUCUCUCUAACAUGAUCAAGCAGAAGAGGAAAGAAAAAGCUGGGAAAUGGGAGGUUCCUGUGCCAAAGGUCCGUGCACAAGGAGAGACGGAAGUUUUAAAAGUCAUCCGUACAGGAAAGAGGAAGAAGAAAGCCUGGAAGAGAAUGGUUACAAAAGUCUGUUUUGUUGGAGAUGGCUUUACUAGGAAGCCUCCUAAGUACGAACGAUUCAUUCGACCAAUGGGCUUACGUUUCAAGAAGGCACAUGUGACCCACCCUGAACUUAAAGCUACUUUUUGCCUCCCUAUCCUUGGUGUAAAAAAGAAUCCCUCUUCUCCUUUGUACACGACACUGGGUGUAAUCACCAAGGGGACCGUCAUUGAGGUGAACGUGAGUGAGCUUGGACUCGUGACACAAGGGGGCAAAGUUAUCUGGGGGAAAUACGCCCAAGUUACAAACAAUCCAGAAAAUGAUGGCUGUAUUAACGCAGUCCUACUAGUGUAAGUUGUGUUUGAUGUUAAACGUUGAACCAUGGACUCCUGCAAAAUCAGUACCUUUUCAGCAACCUCUCUGGAACCUGGAAGACAGGUGGAAGAAUGCAGCUAUUCUCUUACUGCAGCCUGACAUCAGAAAUUAAACAGCUUGAUACUUGCCCCUGCAGAAGCAUGGACUUGAGAACGUAUUAACAGCAUGGGAGGGAGGGAAGACAUCAAGGAGGGCAGCUGUUUCCACACACCUGAUCCCCAUGUUAUGUCACAUCUUUAUCCCCUGUGCCUCCUUUACUGUAUUAAAGAAUAAAGACUGGAGCGUGUGGCACUGUGGUUCCAGGCAAGAGGAGAACAGUUUCAGAAGUUUUAAUUUAUAAUACCUAUUUAGCUUGCAUCUUGAAAAUACAAGAAACAAAAGCUAUUCCUAAGCUGCAAGUUAUUCCUAAGCUGCAAGUUUUCAGUGAUGCUGCAUGUGACAGCAGCAGUGUUCUAGUCAGGAAUUUGGUGGUAAGCAAACCUGGCCCUAUUAAGCACUGCAAAUGAAACACUCAGCAUUUUGUAUGCCUGCUCCUAAACAAGACUUCAGCCCCCCAACUUGGUAUUUGUAUACUAGGUAAGACUCUCCGGAGCAGAUUUCCCCAGGCUGAACAAUUGCAACCAUCAGCCUCUUGUGUGACAGAUGCUCCAAUCCCUUAAUCAUCUUCAUGACCGGAUGAUAUUCCAGAUCUGGAACACUGGCCAGGAAGUCAAGCGAGCUGCUUUUGUGCCAGCCUUCUUGCUUCUCUUACACCAUCUGAUAGAGACAGUAGUUGAACUAUACCAAAAUCUUCUCUGACAGAGUGUUUUAUUAGUUUAACAGAUUGCCCCAGUCUGGACUGAAAGACUUACGGUGAUUUUUACUUUUGUUUAGUGGCAAGUGCUUUGAAACUGAGAAGGUCACAAGCUUGAAAAGAGGGUGUUUUGUCAAAACAGAUAAGCUUCCAUUAAGUUCCUGUUGCUUUAUCCUUUACUGCAGGUUAACACUUUAAACAGAAUAGUUUUCUACAGUGUCUCAAGACUACUGCAAUUUGUGCUGUAAAUGCAUGACUUGUUGGAUGAAUAACACAACUGUUGCACCUCAGACAUUUUAAGAGUGUGUUACAGCAUUUCCAGUUGGUUUGUCCAUAGCAAAUUACGUGAGCAACUGCGAAGUUUACGUCUUGAAUAGUUCGUAUAAAAAGCAGGAUGUUCCUGCAACACUGAGAA